GUUAGGUAGGCAUUCUAGGAAUUUAUGUUUAGAGUCUAUUUUUGAGUUAGUUCCAUUAGAUACUUUGCAUCUUACUACUGAUUCUGAAUCUUCUGCUCAAUACUUUGUGCAUAUUGCAUCUACUACAUCUGUUGCAUCUGCACUUGAUUCUGAUUCUAAUUCUGUUAUUUUUCACACUGAGAACAAUAUGGCACAACCUCCAUCUCGUGGGAGGACUUUUAGGGAUAUGGCUGCAGCUGAUUUCACUUAUGAAAGCUUGUGCAUCCAAUAUCCUGAUGAGAACAUACCGUAUGUUCUCAAAACUGGACUAAUUCAUUUGUUGCCUAAGUUUCAUGGCCUUGAAGGUGAGUGUCCGCAUAAGCAUCUGAAGGAAUUCCAUAUUGUCUGUUCCACGAUGAAGCCUCAUGAUGUUCUUGAAGAUCAUAUCUUCUUAAAGGCAUUCUCUCAUUCACUAGACAAUGUAGCAAAGGAGUCGUUAUACUGCUUAGCGCCUAGAUCCAUCACCAGCUGGGAUGAUCUGAAGAGGUUGUUCUUAGAGAAAGUUUUUCCAGCAUCUCGAACCAUAACUAUCAGAAAAGACAUAUUUGAGAUUAGGCAAUUUGGUGGAGAGAGUUUAUAUGAGUACUGGGAAAGAUUCAAGAAACUUUGUGCAAGCUGUCCUCACCAUCAGAUACUUGAGCAACUCCUUCUUCAGUAUUUCUAUGAAGGCCUCAACAACAUGGAUAGGAGUAUGAUUGAUGCUGCCAAUGGUGGAGCAUUAGGAGAGACGACGCCUGCUGAAGUCAGGCACUUGAUUGAGAAAAUGGCUUCCAACUCCCAACAGUUUAGCGGUAGAAGUGAUGUCAUUGUGGUGAGGGGAGUACACGAUAUUGCUACCCAAACUUCAUCAUCUGCUGAUAGGAAAUUGGAAAACAAGCUUGAUUCUCUUGUGAGUUUAGUGGUACAACUGAGUGUCAAUCAGAGACCGACAUCUCCAUCUGCAUCUGUUGCGCGGCUAUGUACUAUAUGUCCUUCUAGUGAUCAUUAUACAGAUGACUACCCUUCUUUGCAGCAACCUAUUGGCCAUGAUGCAUCUCAAGCCUAUGUUGCAAACAUACAACCCAACAGGCAACCGCAGCAGCAAAAUUAUGACUUGUCUAGCAACAAGUAUAACCAAGGGUGGAAGAAUCACCCAAAUCUUAGAUGGUCCAAUAAUUCACAACAACAACCACAACAACAACUACAACAUUUCCAGAAUGCUGCAGGCCCUAAUAGACCAUAUUUGCCUCCACAUACUGUGCAAAAUCCUAAAAAUGAAAAUGUUAGUGCCAUCAACCUCAGAUCAGGGAAGCAAAUUGUUGUGCCUACAGUGCCACCACCUGCACCUACACCUACACCUAUUGCUUCUCAGAGAAAGAAGGACCUGGCAAGUCCUACUAGGACAUUUGAGGCAGGUGGACCUUCUUCCUCUUCCGGUGGUUGUGCCUCUUCUUCAGGUGGACCUUCUUCUUCCACCACCACCAGUGAGUCUCCUACUGUGCACCGAGCUAUACCUCUUUCAUUCCCUUCAAAAGCAAUUCCUACCAAAAAGAUGGAAGAGGUGGACAAAGAAAUAUUGGAGACAUUCAGGAAGGUAGAGGUGAACAUACCUCUUCUUGAUGCCAUAAAGCAUAUUCCUAGAUAUGCAAAAUUCUUGAAAGACCUGUGCACGCAUAAGAGAAAAAUGAAAGGAGAUGAGAGGAUCAGCAUGGUCAAGAAUGUAUACGCGCCCAUUGGUAAGUCGGUCCCGCACAUUCUUGGAAAGUGCAUUGACUCAGGUACAUUUUGCAUUCCCUGUGUGAUUGGAAAUAGUAAAUUUGAAAAUGCCAUGCUUGAUUUGGGUGCUUACAUAAAUGUCAUGCCUCUUUCAUUUAAAUCCAUGUCUCUUGGUCCUUUACAACCUACGAGUGUGGUCAUUCAGUUGGCCAAUAAGAGUGUUACCCACCCGAUAGGUUACAUAGAUGAUGUCUUGGUUCGGGUUGGCGAAUUGAUCUUUCCUACUGACUUCUAUAUCUUGGAAAUGGAGGAGGGAUUCUCUCAUGGAUUCGCUCCCAUCAUCUUAGGCAGGCCAUUUUUGAAAACUGCCCGAACCAAAAUUGAUGUGUAUGCCGGAACUUUAACCAUGGAAUGUGUUGAUAUUGUUGUUCAUGUUAAUAUUCUUGAUGCAAUGAAGUUCCCAACUGAGGACCACUCUAUUUUUAGGAUUGAUAUUCUGGAUGACAUUAUUGAUAAAUAUGUUGUUGAUGAGUUUGAUUCUUUGCAUGAGAAAGAGCAUCCCUUUCUAUCUUCUCUACAUUCAUUCAUUGAAUCUGAUUUUGAAUCAGAAUUUGAAAUUGAUGUUGAUGUUCUUGUGGAUUGUGAUAUUCAUGAUGAUGAUGAUAGUAGUGGUGUUGAUGGUUUAUCUAUAAUGGAUGUUGAAUUGGAGUCUGAUGAGUUGGGUGUGUUGCCUUUACCUGUGAAUUCUUUAGAGUCAGAAUGCACUAACCACGUUGCAGGAAGUACAAAUGAAUCUGACUUGUAG